GAUGCUCUGCUAAUUUUUGAACCAGAGAAGAAAUUAUGUAGAGUAUAAGAAAUCGGUGUUGUUCGGAGGAUUUGGGAAGUUUCCGGGGAAAUCUGAAAAUUUCCGAAAAAAUUCCGAACACGUUCCAGUCCAGAGAGGGCCCAAAAGAAAGAAUGACACCCCCCACAUCCAACUAGUGGACCCAACUUAUCCAACUACCUUCCACACAACAAAAUCACAACGUUUUAUAGGUCCUGCUAAUUCCCCAUAACAAUAAUUCAAAAAACAAAGAAAAAGAGGAAACUUGGCAGCCACAAUUCAUGGCCACUACAACAUCUCUGCUUCCCAAAUCCCCCUCACCAUUUCUCACCAACACACCUUCAUUCCCUUCAACCCAUUUCACCAAGCUCUCAUUUUUGAGCCCAUCAGACCACCCCAAUUGCACAAAAAGGCAAAAUCUUCACACACAAGCCAAAAAGAAGAACCCCUGGCGUGACCCUUUUGAUGAUGGAGAGGACCCAGACAUGGGGUAUGGCUCUCUUUUUGCAGAGGGGAAGCAGGAAGAGGAUGACAGACCGCCUGAAAACCCGGAUAAUCCAUACGGGUUCUUGAAGUUCCCAAUGGGGUAUAGUGUGGAAAUUGCAUCAUUGGCUUUGAAAGUGAGGGGGGAUGUUAGGAGGUGUUGUUGUGUGGUUUCUGGUGGUGUAUAUGAGAACUUGCUGUUUUUUCCGGUUAUCCAGCUUAUCAAGGAUCGGUACCCGGGUGUGCAAGUGGAUGUAGUGGCGUCUGCCAGAGGGAAGCAAGCUUAUGAGUUGAAUAAGAAUGUGAGAUGGGCUGAUGUCUAUGAUCCUGAUGAUCAUUUUCCUGAGCCUGCUGAGUACACUGACAUGGUUGGACUUCUUAAGAAUAGGUAUUAUGACAUGAUCUUAUCAACCAAGCUAGCAGGGAUCGGACACGGAAUAUUCUUGUUCAUGACAACAGCCCGAGAACGGGUGAGCUAUAUUUAUCCAAAUGUAAAUGCUGCAGGAGCUGGAUUGUUUCUAUCUGAAACAUUUACACCAAAUAGCAUGAAUCUCUCUGAAGGCGGAUAUAACAUGUAUCACCAGAUGGUUGAUUGGUUGGGUAGACCGGUGCGGGAUGUGCCACGGCAACCUCUGCCCCCACUUAAAGUAUCAAUCUCAAAGAAGCUAAAGCAGGUUGUAGAGUCCAAAUAUCAGAAUGCAGGUGUAAAUAAAGGAAAAUAUAUUGUGAUUCAUGGGUUGGAAUCGGAUUCGAAAGCCUCAAUGCAGUCUAAGGGGGAUGCUGAUAGCUUACUGCCCAUCCAAGUGUGGGCUACAAUAGCUCGUGGUAUAAGGGAAUUUAGGCCAGUUUUUGUCAUUCCACAUGAGAAAGAAAGGGAAAAUGUGGAGGAAGUAGUGGGAGAAGAUACCAGCAUUGUGUUCAUGACAACCCCUGGGCAGCUUGCUGCCCUUAUCAAUGACUCAGCUGGUGUAAUAACUACUAACACUGCAGCUAUCCAACUUGCAAACGCACGCGAAAAACCCUGCAUUGCAUUAUUCGGUUCUGAAGAGAAAGGGAAACUAUUUGUUCCCAACACAGAAGAGAAGAAGAAUUGUGUUAUUGUUUCAUCCAAGACCAGACAAUUAAAGGAUAUCGACACUGAAGCUGUUAAACGCGCACUUCAAAUUUUCAAUGUGUCCUUAGCUCUAGUCUAAAUGGGGUUGGGGGUUAUCCUGAUAACUGAUUAAUUUUUUUUUAAAAUUAUUUUAAAUGUUGUAUUAUAUGCACUCUUUACCUCAGUUUGUAUAGCAGAUCAUUAAGCUACAAUAACAAUUAAUAAAAUUGAUUCUCUCAACGUUGAACAUAGUCCCAAA